UUUCGACUGAGCUACGUUUUACGGACCCUUGUUUCUCCCAGUGGAAAAAAAAGUAGAAAAUAAAAAUAAAAUGAUGCCGGGGAGAGGUGAGUCGAUAUUUGGAGUUAUCUAAAAAAAAUUGAGUAACUCAAAGAGAAAAAAAUAUGACUUAACAGUUUCGAGUUAUGAAAUUAAAAAAUUUGCAACAAUAACCCCAAAUUUCGAAUUAACUCUGUACUUUCCUCGCACUAGAGAAAAAGGAGAAAAAAAAAACCCCCUGAUUGAAUAGCUUGAAAUUUCAAGCUAUUUAGUUAACAUUUUAAGAUAAUAACUUUUUUUUUUUUACAUUUUAUCUUAUUUUUCAGCGGUGGAAACAAGCUUAUUAGAAUUGCACGUGUAAAACUUAUAAACAAGGAAAUAAAAAAUAAACUUUUUAAGUUAAAUGUACCGUUCUUUAUAGUUUAAUAAAAGUGAGUAAAUAUACCUCCUUUUUAUUGCUUGAUGUUUAAAAUAGAUAUCAGCGCUAUUCGAUAACAGGGGGUUUAACCAGUAUUAGUAUCAUUUUCCCCCCCACUACUACAAUAAAACCGUGUGACGUGGGGAAUGUUUAUUGUUGGUGAGCGCGGUUAAAAGCGUACUGACAUGCCGUGACGUUGUCCAACAAUGUUUUGGUUCCUGGCGGUGACGUAAUACACAAAAACAUGGUUCCCUUGUUUUGAACCCGUAAAGCGUGCUAAGUGUUUUCUCUCAACUUCGCCACGCACGGAGAUGCAUUCGCGAAACUGAGUGGCCGGAAAACAAUCGUAAAAGACGAUGGCUCAGGCCGCAGAGACGUGUGCUGAAUCCGGACGCAGGCUGCGCUCCAUCUCCCGGACGAUGUACGACGAAAACGAGGACCUGUCUGACGUGGAGGAAAUUGUAAACAUCAGAGGGUUCAGCGUGGAGGAAAAGGUCCUCAGUGACAGCUACAGCGCAGACUUUGUCCGGGUGAUGGAGGGUAAAGACUUCACUUAUGAGUAUGUGCAAAGGGAGGGUCUAAGGAUCCCUCUCAUUUUUAAAGAGAAAGAUCAAUUAGGGAUCAGAAUGCCAGAUCCAGAAUUCACAGUCAGUGAAAUUAAAGGACUAGUUGGCAGUCGCCGGUCUGUGGACGUUAUGGAUGUGAGCACUCAGAAAGGUUCUGAAAUGAGCAUGGCUCAGUUUGUCCGCUAUUAUGAGACGCCAGAGGAAGAGCGGGACAAACUGUUCAAUGUCAUUAGCUUGGAGUUCAGCCACACCAAGCUGGAGAACCUCAUCAAGCGUCCCACAGUGGUGGAUCAAGUGGACUGGGUGGACAACAUGUGGCCUCCUGGUUUGAAACAAAGCCAAACUGAAGCCACCAAUAUCAUCUCAGAGAUGAAAUACCCCAAAGUGCAAAGGUAUUGUUUGAUGAGCGUGAAGGGCUGCUACACAGAUUUCCACAUCGAUUUUGGGGGAACUUCAGUUUGGUAUCACGUAUUCAAGGGACAGAAAGUGUUCUGGCUUGUGCCUCCAACUCCCUAUAACCUUGCCCUGUAUGAGGACUGGGUCCUGUCAGGCAAGCAGAGUGAUGUCUUCCUGGGAGACCGAGCUGAUGGAUGCCAGAGAGUGGAGCUUCAACAAGGAUACACCUUCUUCAUCCCAUCUGGGUGGAUCCACGCUGUCUACACUCCCGUGGACACACUGGUGUUUGGAGGCAACAUUCUGCACAGCUUUAACAUUCCUAUGCAGCUUACCAUCUAUGAGAUAGAGAACAGGACAAAGGUUCAUUCCAAGUUUCGUUUCCCCUUCUAUUAUGAGAUAUGCUGGUAUGUCCUGGAGAGAUACCUGCAUUGCCUUACCAAACGGUCCUACUUUUCUCAGGAGAUCCGUAAAGAAUCUAUGGAUUUUGAGACAAAGUCAAAGACAGAAAGCCCCUCCUCUGACUCCAGGAGUCAAGACAUGAACGAGGACUCGUGUGGGACUCAUGUCAGAGAUGAGCAGGGUGAAAAACUAGAGAGAGUUCCUCAGGAUGGACCCUGCACACCUGACAAUGGGAAGGGCCAACAUCUCAAAGCUGUUUUAUCCAUCGACUCUGAGGACAGCUGUAACCCCAGCUCGGCCUCUUUAGAUUUCCCUAAAACUCCUUCAGACUCUCCGAACUCAGAGCCUCAGAAUAAAUGGAUUCAUUUAACAGAGUUUGAACUGAAUGGGCUAAGGACGCUGAUUGAAAAGCUCGAGUCACUCCCGGAAAAUAGGAAAUGUAUUCCAAUGGGAAUAGAGAACCCCCAAGCGCUGUUGGAUGACUUAAAGGUUGUCUUAAAGGAACAUACUGAUGAUGACCCUAAAUUAGCCAUCACUGGAUAUCCUGUGGUGUACUGGCCUAAGAAAACCAUAAAGCCCCGGCCUCCCAACCGGCCAAAACCUAAGAUGGCAGCAUCUCCCGCAUCAGCGGUCAAGCUGUCGGCCAGCCGGGGUACAUCUGGAGCCAGGAGGAGACGGACACGCUGUCGGAAAUGCGAGGCGUGUCUGCGGACGGAGUGCGGAGAGUGUCACUUUUGCAAAGACAUGAAGAAGUUCGGCGGGCCGGGACGCAUGAAGCAGUCCUGCAUCAUGAGGCAGUGCAUUGCUCCCGUCCUACCCCACACAGCAGUGUGUCUCGUCUGUGGCGAGGCAGGCAAGGAGGACACCGUGGAGGAUGAGGAAGAGAAGUUUAACCUUAUGCUCAUGGAGUGUUCCAUCUGUAACGAGAUCGUUCACCCUAACUGUCUCAAGAUUAAAGAUUCAAAUGGAGUAGUCAAUGAUGAGCUGCCAAACUGCUGGGAGUGCCCAAAAUGUAACCAUGCUGGGAAAACUGGAAAAGCCUCAAAGCAAAAAAGAGGCCCAGGGUUUAAGUAUGCAUCCAACCUUCCUGGCUCGCUGCUCAAAGAACCGAGGUUAAACCGAGAUUCAAAGGAAGAGCCAGACCUACCCAUGGUGGCGCCAACACCUAUUGCUGCCUUGACUACCACUUCUGCUGUGAAGAGGAAGGUGGAACGGGAUGUAAUCGCAAAGAAAAAUGACGAGGAGCCUCCUAAAAAACGCCCCCCCUUGCUUUCUCUAGAUGGUAUGCCCCGGCCGAGAUUGGAGGACAAUCCUCUUAGGAAAAAGAGGAAACUUUUUGACACAAAUGAUGAGCCUAGCUUUGUUAAAAAGAAGAAGAAGCUUUCAAAACCGGAUGACUCAUUUACUUCGAAGCUGCUUCAGCAUAUUAAGAGAGAGAAUGAUCACGGUGAUGAAGAAGACGACCAGGAGGAUCAUGAAGAAGAUGGGCUGUCCUUGGAGAGGAUGCAUUUAAGGGAGAAAAAUGAGUAUGACGACGAGGACCAAGAUGGGGACGCUGAGGAAGAGGUGACGGUGAAAAAAGAGAGGGACAAUAAUGCAGAGGACAAAGCUAAGGUCCUUCUAAGCCCGCUGCUGAGAACGUCUGCAGCCAGAGAAAGUGACCAGACAUCCUCUAACUCUCCCAGAGCGGGACCAAGCGGUGAGUCGGGAGAAGCCCAAGAGAGAAGCUCUGCUCAGCUUAAAGCACGACAUCAGCGUAAGCGGCUCCCCAACAAGGAGGCGAGCAAAGAGUUCUGCCAGGAGACUCCGAAGAUAGAAGACUGUCUGAGCAGCCAGAAGCUGGGCUCAGUGAAGAAGGAGGAGGACAGCCCAGCCAACCUCAAUCGUCGACCACUUAAGACCGAAGACUCCCUGACCAAUCAGAACCGAAAACCACUAAAAACUGAGGACCCACCUGCCAAUCCGAGUCGUAAAGCCCUUAAAAUGGAAGAAGGCGUAAACAAUCAAAACAGACUGCCGCUGAAAACAGAAGACAGCUUGACCAAUCAGAAUCAAAGGCCAGUGAAAUCUGAGCCCGAGAGUGAAGUGGACGAACAGAAGCCCAGGUGGCCUCUUAAUAAUGGCAGCAGCGACUUGGGCGACUGGCUGCGACACCGGGGGCGGGAGAUGAACGGGAUGCCGCGUGGCUACUCGCCGCUCAGUUGGAACAGAAACACACCGAUCGCACCAAUAUGCCAUCGACCGCUUCCCUGCCGGUCGCCACCGAAGUGUAUCCAAAUGGAGCGCCACGUGAUCCGGCCCCCUCCCAUCAGCCCCCCGCCCGACAGACUGCCCCUGAACGACGGCGAAGCGCAUGUGAUGCAGCGAGAGACCUGGAUGAUGGUGUUCGGUCACCUCAGUCACAGAGAUCUCUGCGUCUGCAUGCGUGUCUGCCGGACCUGGAACAGAUGGUGCUGUGACAAAAGGCUUUGGAAGCACAUCAAUCUGAACCGCUGCAAGUCCAUCACUCCCCUGAUGCUGAGCGGGAUCAUCCGCAGACAGCCGGUAGCCCUAGACCUCAGUUGGACCAACAUUUCCAAGAAGCAGCUCAGCUGGCUCAUCAACAGACUUCCAGGUCUGCGUGUGCUGCUUCUCUCUGGAUGCUCAUGGGUAGCCGUCUCUGCUCUCUGCACCUCCAGCUGUCCUCUCCUGCGAACUCUGGAUGUUCAGUGGGUCGAGGGACUGAAAGACGCUCAGAUGAGAGACUUGCUGUCGCCUCCCACAGAUAAUAGGCCAGGUCAGUUGGACAACAGGAGUAAACUGCGUAACAUAGAGGACCUGCGUCUGGCAGGGUUGGACAUCACCGACACAUCUCUGCGCCUCAUCAUUCGUUACAUGCCCCUCUUAUCUAAGCUGGACCUCAGCUACUGCAACCACGUUACUGACCAGUCGGUUAACAUCCUGACUGCUGCGGGGACAACCACCAGAGACUCACUCACUGACAUCAAUCUGUCAGUCUGUAACAGGGUCACAGACCAGUCGCUGACCUAUUUCAAGCGCUGUGGAAGCAUUUGCCAUAUCGACCUGCGAUACUGCAAACAGGUGACCAAGGAAGGAUGUGACCAGUUCAUCGCCGAAAUGUCCGUCAGUGUGCAGUUUGAACUCAUUGAGGAUAAACUGCUGCAGAAGAUCAGUUAGGCACACGGACAACUCUGGUGUGAUUUUUUUAUUUUUUUCACAAGUAGUAAAAGUGCCGUCCACAUGGAGGCAGCAGAAGACUGCUUACUUGUGUGUGAAAGAGCGUGAAGGACUCCUGUAAAACUGAUAUAAAGGGAGUUUGCGCUGCUAAGCAAGAAUGUAAAAAUGGUCCUGUAAUGGAUAU